AUGCCAGACCCGUACGACACAGUUAGCGCAGACCCUUCCGCCGGUCUGCCCCUUCGCCAAGUCUUGAUGAGCCUCCAUUAUGCUUAUCCGACUAUCAUCUUCGCCUACUACAUGGCCACAUCCACCGUUGCUGUCUGCACUCUGCAAACCAUCUCCUCGGAACAAGCUCACCCCCGCCGGCGGGCCAUCACAUGGUCCCUCGCCUUCAUCAUCCUCACUUACUUCGCCCAGCUACUCGCCCUGGGCACUCAGGGCGCAAUCCGGCACAUCUUCCCAUUCGCCGACCAGGAUACCGUUAUUGGUCUCAUGUCAUGCGCCCUGGUAUUCGGCGUUGUCUUUGCUGGCCUCUCGGAAGCCACCAACCCGGUGUGGUAUCCAUAUAUGGGUUGCUUCGGCCUUGCUCUCGUCUUCGAGCCGGUCCUUGCUACCGUCGCUCUGAUGGUCCGGCCCCCAGGACCUAUUGACUUCAUAGGCUUCUUCGAUAUCUCUGCCGCCGCUGCCAGAUAUCUCGCGGUCAUACUGGCCUUGGGGUUCUUCUUCGAAGGGAACCGCAGCGCCCGACAAGAUAAAGGCACUGAUUCCGAACGGCAGAGUCUGCUCAAAUCGAAUGUUCAUGCCAAUCAUGACUCCGACUCGGAUGCUCGGAGCGACGGAGCCCAGCAGAACGGCUAUGGAACCACUUCGGAUUCUUCGACCGACAGCAACCAGUCCUCGGACACGGACGACGACGAGAACCCCUAUGAGAGGCGGCAGCGGCAAGCCAGCGAGGCGAUGGAGAAGAGGCUGAAGGAGAAGGGGAACUGGGUCACAUAUGCCAAGAGUUUCAUGGUUUUCUUCCCUUAUAUUUGGCCUGUCAACAACCGCGCGCUCCAGGUCCGGGUCGUACUCGUCGGGCUCUGUCUGCUUGCCAUGAACUUCAUCAACUUUCUUAUCCCGCGCCAGCUGGGCAUUAUCAUGGACAGUCUCAGUGGCAGGAACGACAGAAACCCUUGGAACGAGGUUCUCUUCUUUGCAGGUCUCAAGUUGGUCGCCUCCGAGGCAGGGCUCUCGCUGUUACGACAAUGGCUCUGGAUCCCCGUCGAGUUCUACUCCUUCGGCGCCAUUAGCACGGCCGCCUAUUCGCACGUGCUGAACCUGUCGUCUGAUUUCCACGACUCCAAAAGCUCCUCCGACAUCAUGAUGGCCAUCUCGUGCGGCCAGAGCAUUUCCAAUAUCCUGGAGUCGAUCUGCUUUCGCGCUGUGCCGAUGCUCAUCGACAUGGUGGUCGCCUUUCUAUAUCUCUCGGCAACCCUCGGGCCGUACGAGGGUUUCAUCACGAUUGCUACCGCCGCCGUCUUCAUGUACAUUGCCACCCGCAUGAUCGCUGCACUCAAGUCCGCACGCAGGAACGAGGUCGGCGCUUGGUACAAGGAACACUAUGUGCGCCAGGCCGGAAUCCAAGGCUGGUCAACCGUCGCCAGCUUCAACCAGAUAGGACACGAGGAAGACCGUUACUCCACGGCGGUUGAAGAUCGCGUAGCCAAAACACAGAAGGUCUACUUUGGCUAUGUCCUUGCAUACGCCCUUCAAUUCCUCGUGCUUUUGUCUGGCCUCCUCGCUGGCGCCUUCUUGGCAGUAUACCAAAUUACCCAUGAAGGUGGCACCCCCGGCCAGUUCAUUAUGCUGUUAACAUACUGGGCCCAGAUGGUGUCUCCUCUCAGUUUUUUUGCUGGUCUGGGUAAGAGCAUCUCGAGGGACCUUCUUCAAGCGGAGCAGCUCUUGGAGAUCAUGCAGACCAAGCCGAGUAUCGUCAGCAAAGAGGGUGCGCCGCCGCUGCGGUUCACGGGAGGGGAGGUCCGCUUCGAGAAUGUUUGUUUUUCGUACGACAAGAAGAAGGAUAUCCUCAAGGACAUCAACUUCACCGCGACGCCAGGCAUGACAAUUGCCUUUGUCGGGGCUACUGGUGCCGGCAAAUCUACCAUCCUGAAGCUCUUGGAUCGAUUCUACGACGUGACCAAGGGCUCAAUUCGGGUUGACAAUCAGGAUAUCCGAGAUGUUGAUCUUUACAGUCUUCGAGCGCAGAUCGGUGUUGUUCCGCAAGCCCCCAUCCUGUUUGACGACACGAUCAUGAACAAUGUGCGGUAUGCAAAGCUCACCGCGACCGACGAGGAGGUUUACGAGGCUUGUAAAGCUGCCGCCAUCCAUGAGCAGAUCCUGACCUUUUCUGACGGCUAUCAAACCAAGGUUGGCGAACGGGGCGUCAAGCUCUCCGGCGGAGAGCUGCAAAGGGUAGCGAUUGCACGCGCGAUUCUGAAGAGGCCCUCAAUCGUUCUUCUCGACGAGGCGACCAGUGCAGUCGACACGGAGACUGAGCAGAAGAUCCAGGAGGCUCUGCGAACGCUUUGCGAAGGCCGCACGACUUUCAUUGUAGCACACCGCUUGUCCACCAUUAUGAACGCCGAUCGCAUCAUCGUUGUCACCGGAGGAGAGAUUGUCGAGCAGGGCAGCCACGAUGACCUUAUCCGGGCGGAUGGGAAGUAUGCGGAGCUCUGGUCCAAGCAGAUCUUUGUGAAGCCCAAAGAAGACAAGGAGUCGCGCGAGGACAAGGCAGCUUCCAAAGGGCGAAAAGGGCCCAAUAUUGUCAAUGACUUGAGUGCGGAGGCAACCAGCUCAGAGCUUGCCAAGGUCAAAUCAGCUCCGACAAACGGUCAGGCGAAUGGGCAAGCCAAUGGGCAAGCCAACGGGCAUGCCGAAGGCUCCGACGACUCGGCAAAAACGAAUGGCAACCCGACCACCCCGGCGCACAAGAAAGAGGUAUGA